GCGCGGUGCGACGUAAUGUGGCGUAAUCAGUCGUAAUCAGGCGUAAUGUGGCAUAGUGACACGCACCAAUGCACGGCACGGCGCAAAACAAGGACGGAUUGAACAGCUGAUCCUCGCCGCGCUGUCGUGAUCUAAGGGUCUAUCGGCCGCGAGUUUCACGAGACCACGAUAUCGUCAUUUGUCCCUCCUCAAUUGACGAUUGCCAUCAAUUACUGUCGGCGUCGACGGUGAUUGAGUUCGAAUAGACGAGUACGCGAAAAGAGACAGCGCGCAUCUCUGUCAUCUCCGAAUUCUCAUUCCUCCCCCGAGAGCUGUGCUUGUCUCGGCGGCCGCCGCGUGAAUUAGCCCCUUCCCGCGCGACCCGCGAUUACUCCCCGCCGCGACAUUCACUCCUUGGCUUGGACCGGAGAGACUGAAGAGCAGGGAGAGCGGAGGGUCAGCCGAGGGCUCAGUGAUCAGUCACCUUAAGUCACCUAUCGUCUGGUCCGAUAAGAGGUUCGCCCCCGAGUCCGGGGACAUUAUUGGGACAUUAUUAUGGCCAGUCCGGUGGUUGGCACCGGAUAUAACUUCAAAGUGGUUUUGCUCGGCGAAGGAUGUGUCGGCAAGACCUCAGUUGCUCUACGAUAUGUCGAGGACAAGUUCAACGACAAGCAUAUUACCACGCUACAGGCGUCGUUCCUGAAUAAGAAAUUGAAUAUCAAUGGAAAAAGAGUCAACUUGGCGAUAUGGGACACCGCCGGGCAAGAAAAGUUUCACGCAUUAGGACCAAUUUAUUACAGAAUGUCCAAUGGUGCCAUUCUCGUGUACGACAUUACGGAUGAGGAUACCUUCCAAAAGGUAAAAAACUGGGUAAAGGAGCUUAAGAAGAUGUUAGGUAGUGAAAUUUGCUUAGUGAUAGCAGGUAAUAAAGUGGACUUGGAGAAGGAUAGGAACGUUGCCACAGAGGAAGCUGAAGAGUAUGCCAAACAGGUGGGAGCUAUGCAUUUUCAUACAUCAGCCAAGUUAAACCAGAACAUUGAAGAGAUGUUUCUAGACUUGACGCAACGCAUGAUGCAACGUGCAGAUGAGGCUGAGCAAAAAUCCACGCUCACAAGGACCAAUAGUACGCGUCGCAAUGUCGUGAUGGUCGAGGAUGAAGCAGAACAAACUCAACCGAAUAGAAGUUCCUGCUGUGGUGGUGGUGGUGGUGGUAGUAGUGGUGGUAGUGGUGGCAGUGGCAGUGGCGGUGGAGGCGAUAACGGCAGCUUUUCGUAGACCUUUAAAAUCAAUUUAUGUUCAAUUUCAGAUACAAGGUCUAAUUUCGGUAAUUUACUAACUAUGUACAGGAUGGCGCAUUUCAGAUGUGACAAAUUACUAUUUGUAAGUGAUAGUUUGUCAUAUUAUAAAUGCUUCAUCUUAUAUAUACACAAGGACAAGAGUGUUACGUAUGAGUGUGCACAUGUAUGUCUAUAUACAUAUAUGUAUUUUUAGCUGCGGUAAUUCUUGGAUAGCAAAGAUACUUGUAUACUUGUGUGUGUAUGUAUAUACAUAUACAUAUAUAUGUAUGUGUGUGUGUAU